CGCCCAGACCCAAGCUGGGAGGACAGGCCCCCAGCUCGCCCAGACAGAGGCGCGCGCCCCGCCCCCCGCGGAGCACACACCCUCCCGCCCUGGCCAAUGGGAGCCGGGCGGCGGGGGCGCGUCACUCCCGGGCCGGGGGAAUCUCUUGAAUGAGCCACAUUGUUGCAGCGGAAAGUGACUAACGUGCCGGCUGCUGCCCGCUCGCUCGCUCCUGCGCCGCCGGGGCCGGGCUGAUCGAGACCGGCGUCGGCUCCCGCCCGCCGCGGAAGAUGAUCGCGUCCCACCUGCUCGCCUACUUCUUCACCGAGCUCAGCCAUGACCAAGGGCAGAAGAUUGACAAAUACCUCUAUCACAUGCGGCUCUCCGAUGAAACGCUCCAGGAGGUGUCUGAGCGCUUCCGAAAGGAGAUGGAGAAGGGUCUCAGAGAAGACACCAACCCCACAGCGUCGGUGAAAAUGUUGCCCUCGUUUGUGAGAUCCACCCCGGAUGGAACAGAGAAUGGAGACUUCUUGGCCUUGGAUCUUGGCGGCACAAACUUCCGUGUGCUGAGAGUGAAGGUGUCUGAUAACGGCCUGCGGAAGGUAGAAAUGGAGAAUCAGAUCUAUGCCAUUCCAGAGGAUCUCAUGCGUGGGAGUGGGGUACAGCUCUUUGAUCAUAUUGCCGAAUGCCUGGCUAACUUCAUGGAAAAGCUGAACAUGAAGGACAAGAAGCUGCCCCUGGGAUUCACCUUCUCUUUUCCUUGCCACCAAACCAAACUGGAUGAGAGUAUCCUUGUUACAUGGACUAAAGGGUUCAAAUCCAGCGGCGUGGAGGGGAAAGACGUGGUUGCCAUGAUACGUAAAGCCAUCAAGAAACGAGGGGACUUCGACAUUGACGUGGUCGCCGUGGUGAAUGACACCGUAGGGACGAUGAUGACCUGCGGCUAUGAUGAUCACAACUGCGAAGUUGGGCUCAUUGUUGGUACCGGUACCAAUGCGUGCUACAUGGAGGAGAUGCGUCACAUUGACUUGGUGGAAGGUGACGAAGGGCGGAUGUGCAUAAACAUGGAAUGGGGAGCCUUCGGAGAUGACGGCGUGCUGAAUGACAUCAGGACAGAGUUCGACCGUGAGAUCGACAUGGGUUCGCUCAAUCCAGGGAAACAACUGUUUGAAAAGAUGAUCAGCGGCAUGUACAUGGGAGAGCUGGUCAGGCUCAUCUUGGUGAAGAUGGCCAAGGAGGAGCUGCUAUUCGGUGGAAGGCUCACCCCAAGCUUGCUCACCACAGGACACUUCGAGACUGGAUUUGUGUCUGCUAUUGAAAAGGAGAAGGAAGGGCUACAAAAAGCCCACGAGAUCUUGACCAGGCUCGGCCUGGAGCCAUCUGCAGAAGAUUGCAUAGCCACCAGGCAUAUCUGCCAGAUCGUCUCCACACGCUCGGCAAACCUCUGUGCUGCCACCCUGGCCGCAGUGCUGCGCCGCAUUAAGGAGAACAAAGGAGUCGACAGGCUCCGCUCCACCGUCGGCGUGGAUGGCUCGGUGUACAAGAAGCACCCCCAUUUUGCUCGGCGCCUUCAGAAGACCGUGCGGAAGCUGCUGCCAGACUGCGACAUCCGAUUCGUUCGGUCGGAAGACGGGAGCGGCAAAGGGGCCGCUAUGGUCACGGCGGUGGCCUACAGGCUAGCAGCCCAGCAGAAGGCAAGGCAGAAGACCCUGGAAGCCCUGAAGCUGAGCCAUGAACAGCUGCUGGAGGUGAAGAAUAGGAUGAGGAUCGAGAUGGAGAGGGGACUGAGCAAAGAGUCGCACCCGGACGCCACUGUGAAAAUGCUGCCCACUUACGUGUGUGCCACUCCGGAUGGAACAGAAAAAGGCGACUUCCUGGCCUUGGAUCUCGGGGGAACGAAUUUCCGUGUGCUGCUGGUGCGCGUGCGGAGCGGGAUUAGGCGCGGCGUUGAGAUGCACAACAAGAUCUACUCCAUCCCGCAGGAGGUCAUGCAGGGGACAGGAGAGGAGCUGUUCGAUCACAUCGUCCACUGCAUUUCUGACUUCCUGGAAUACAUGGGGAUGAAGGGCGUGUCACUUCCUAUGGGAUUCACCUUCUCUUUCCCUUGCCAACAGAAUAACCUUGAUGAGGGGAUACUUCUGAAAUGGACUAAAGGGUUCAAAGCUACUGGCUGUGAAGGAGAAGAUGUGGUGAACCUGUUGAAAGAAGCUAUUCAUAGGAGAGAGGAGUUUGAUCUGGAUGUGGUAGCAGUGGUGAAUGACACAGUAGGCACCAUGAUGACCUGUGGUUAUGAAGAUCCUUAUUGUGAAGUUGGGCUCAUCGCUGGCACGGGCAGCAACGCCUGCUACAUGGAGGAGAUGAGGAACGUGGAGCUGGUGGAGGGUGAAGAGGGCAGAAUGUGCAUUAACAUGGAGUGGGGGGCGUUCGGGGACAACGGCUGCUUGGAUGACUUCCGGACAGAGUUUGAUGUGGCGGUGGACGAACUUUCUCUCAAUGCUGGGAAACAAAGGUUUGAAAAAAUGAUCAGCGGGAUGUACCUGGGCGAGAUUGUCCGAAACAUCCUCAUCGACUUCACCAAGCGGGGGCUGCUGUUCCGGGGGCGGAUCUCCGAAAGGCUGAAGACCAGGGGGAUAUUCGAGACGAAGUUCCUGUCUCAAAUUGAGAGCGAUUGCCUUGCUCUGCUCCAGGUCCGCUCCAUCCUCCAGCACCUGGGCCUGGAGAGCACGUGUGAUGACAGCAUCAUUGUGAAGGAGGUGUGCACCGUGGUAGCUCGGCGUGCUGCUCAGCUCUGUGGUGCUGGCAUGGCAGCUGUGGUGGAUAAAAUCCGGGAGAACCGCAAGCUGGACUUCCUUAAGGUCACAGUUGGUGUGGACGGGACACUCUACAAACUGCACCCUCACUUCUCCUCAGUCAUGCACGAAACGGUGAGACAGCUGACCCCGAAGUGCGAAGUGACCUUCCUCCAAUCAGAAGAUGGCAGCGGCAAGGGGGCGGCACUCAUCACGGCGGUGGCGUGCCGGAUCCGGGAGGCCGGGCAGCGAUAAGAGGGGCCUUUCGGAAGGCUUGGAUUUAACAGAGCAAACCAGCGGCCCCCUUCCCACCCUCCAACACACACACCUUCUCCUGCUCCUCAAGCUCCUAAGACUCUUCGCUUUGCUUGUUCUAUCGAGAUACCACCACUGAGACCGGAGAUGCCAUGUGUUCGAAGUUAUUUUCUUAGGAGGUCUAUUGCAUGCCAUAAAACUACCUAUCAAGUAAAGCUAAAAGUGUCAUCGGGGCAUGUAGCUACUUUUCCAGUCAAAGCCCUCUUUGUUUCACCGCAGCCUAUUUAAAAUACUAAACCUCCCUCCCCAGCCGCAAUGGCGUUUGUUCUUUAGCAGUAGAAGGAUAAUGCCGGAGCAAUUAAGACACUGCAUUGUCACUUUGGUAGUAAACAACACCUAUUUGUAUAUGUCCAAGUCUUAACAUCAGCACACUAGAAAGCAAAACCUCGUUUAAGAUUGGGUUAAAGACCUCCACUAGUCUUUUACCCUGAUCAAGGCUGUGUUAUUUCCAUGAAAGUCAUGGUAAUGCUCUUAAAAGCACAGGGCGCAGCGUUUAAACCAGUGCGUUUGAAUCUGCGCCGAAGGAUACAAAGUGUCCGUACGGAGUGAUGAGUAAUAUUAAAGUACCUGCUGGAUCAAGUUAAAGGUGUUUCUUUAAUUCGACCAGCAGAGCAUGUGCCUGGAAAUACUUGGGGACUCAGGGUGUAGUCCCAUUUCCCAGCUUCUCUCCUUUUAAUAUAGUAGUUGGCCAGUACAGCCAUUGGCGGCCCCUACUGGCGCAUGCGUGCGUAGAAAAAAAACAUUGCUGAAAUGAAUCGUUUCUCUUCCACAACCGUUCAAACACUGUGCCCUCAAUUGAUGUGGUGAGUUUGGUUUUAUUUUUGUCUGUGAACUAGCUCCCUAUCUUUAUUCGUAAAAACCCCAUAGGUCACGUCUGGAUUUAUGCACUGUAUUUAUGUUUCGAGAGAUCUUACGUCUUUUAUGUAUAUAGUCACGAACGGGGGAUUGUUAUGGACUAGUUUUAAUGUGGUUUGAGAGACUAGUGCAGAACGCUCUUUUAUUAUUAUUUAAAAUAACUGUCUGGGUAGCAGGGUGGAAGGACUGAAAUUUCUGAGGACCGAUGUACGGGAGGGGUGCAGUCGUUUCAGGUCUUGUAUUAUCAGGGGAAAUGGAAGUAUGAAGGCCAUGUAUUUAGUGCACUAAAAGAAAUAGCAGCAACCAGGGAACAAAUUAAUUAGUUAGUUCUGACUCAUGAGUAAUCAUUGCUCAUGGGAGCAAGCCCCCAUUGAGGCAAGCACGGUCCUAAUUCUGCUUACACUGAAGUCAGUGACAAAAUUCCCCUUGACUUUAGCAGUGCAGGAGCAGGUCCUUGGUUUACUCACUGGUAUAAACCAGGAUUAGGCUCUAGCUGUUUCUAAUCUAAAGGGUUAAACAUUUUAUUCUGCAAAUAUGUUAUUCUUCGCCUCCAGCUCCCAUUGAAAGCAACUGGAGUUUUACCAUUGACUUCAACACAAGUUGGGAAUCAGGCCGGAAUUUCUUACAAGAUUCAGUUCCAGUCCUGCAAACACGCACGGUGUUUUGCUUGAAGCAUGUGAGUAACCCACUGCCGUUGAUGGCUGCACUAACCUGCUUAAAGUUAAACACGUGUGUGGGGGUGCAGGAGCUUGGGUCACUAGUGGCAAAGAAAUAAAGGUAAUUUUGUCACCCAAAAUUUCAAAAUCUUUCUGGUUUUCCAAACUGGCAUCCCCAAAGCUAACAGCAGGCUUGCUGUGUGGAGCAGAACUCUCCCCACCACUUUGCCUUUUAUGAUAAAGAGUUAAUAAUUUUGCCAACAGAAACCUGUGCAGACGAACUCAAUUCUCCAAUUUCUUGUUUCCAAAACCAGCAAAUUCACACACACACAAUUGUGCGAGGGUGGGUGAGGAAUUGCAUAAACUUUUUUAUAAAUAUUUAACACGAGGUAACACACGUCUGGUGAUAUACACAUAAAAACCUCAAACUGACCGUCCGUUUGGAGGGAUAUAGAAUUGUGUGUAUUUUUUUUGUUUGUUUGUUUUUUUUGUAUAUUUUUAUACUGCUUGGGGUAACUUCUUUACCAAAAGAAUCUCUAUAUAGGGUGUCCAUUCCAAUAGCACCAUUUUAAAGCACACCACAGGUGUCUCUUGGCAUUUUAAAUACUUGUAUUUUUUUAUAAGCCACACGAUUACAGUAUAAAAGAAAUGGAAAAAUCAAAAUUGAUGUGUACAGAAAUAAUGUAAGAGAAUCAUCCAGUUUAGAAACUUUAGAUGAAUUUAAAUAAAUUAUCUUUAAAAAAAAAAAAAAAAAAAAAAAAAAAAACAGAAAACCAUCUCAUCCAACACCAAGCAGUUGUGUGUGAUUCUUUUACUGGGAUUACUAGUAUUUGCCUACUGAUCAAGGCAUUUUUUGCUUUGAUUAUAUCUACUGUACAGUGGAGAGGGUUACAAUUGGGGAUAUAUUUAUAAACUUGAAGACAAGGGAUUAUCCAGCGGUUGUACACUGUAUUUCACCAGUAGUGAAUGAGUUCACUUUUAACAUAGAUGCUUUCUUUGCAAUCAAUGACAUAGGGGGGCCAAGACAACCCCUUUUUGUAGCUGAUUCAGGGUCUGGUUCAGCAAAGCACUUGGGUAUGUGACUUAAGGUUAAGGGCAUGUUUAAGUGCUCUGCUGAUUCAGGGGCUUGGCAAUGCUGGCUGCCCCCUUUCCUUGCAGUACAGUGGGUUACGACUGUGCGAAUGGUUUAAUUCUCACCUGAGGAGUUGCAUUGACGCGAGUGGAUCAGCUUGCAUGAAUAAGGGGUUGCAAGAUGGAACCAGCCCCUGGGCAUGGUCCUUCACCCCUUGCUUAUGGGCCCAUCCCAAUGCCCACUGAAGUGAAUGGGAGUCCUUUCACUGAUUCCUAAUGGGCUUUGCAGUGCUCGGCCCUGAAGUGCCCCCUGAACUCGGUGCAUGGGAGCAAUCUCAUGAUGUCUAUGGGACUACUCAUGCACUUUGAGCUAAGCAGGUGCUAGUGUUUUUCUGGAUGUGGGCCUUGGGGAGUAGUCGCACUGGAGUCAAUGGCACUUAAUUGGGUGAGCAAGGAAAGCUACAUUAAGUCCUCUGAAUGAGGGACAGAUCCAGAAUUGCUGAGCACCCGCAAUUCCCAUUGACUUUGGGAGUGGAAGGCUUCUCGGCAUGUUUUAGGUGGUGCUCAGCACCAAAUACCUGUUCUCUUGCAAAUGGAACAGGCAUAAUGGCAGCAGGAUAAGUUACCAGGACUCUCUUUGAGCUUUCUUGUCUUGACAAGUGUGUAUUUAUGUGACUGGUGGGAUUUCUCCCCAGCGUAGGCUCAAUGAGAUCUGCAAAGAGGUGGGCGCUCUUGAGUGCAAAAGGAAAGCCUUUCCAUGUGGGAAGUAUUGUUUUAAAAUCUCUGUGCUACCAAGUUGUGAGAGCCAGAUCCAAACUUUCUCAAAGUUCAGAGGGAAUUCCCAUCUGAGUUUUUGGUUUGCCCAGUUACAGAGCAAUGGGCUAGUUGCGAAGGUUGUCUCCGAGCUUCCCCACAAUUUGGAUCUGGGGUGGAUAGUUCAGGACCCAUCUGCCUGUUGUACCUCCUUGUACAGCUUCUUAGGGAUGCACUGGGUACACUUGAAUUAAGCUGCAGCAGAUCAUCUCCAGACCAUGUAUGUCUUCGGCAUAUGGCUCAGUUGUGUCUAUGCGGAAUAUUUCCUCUGUUCGCUUUAAGAGUACAGUUUGUGCACCUUUCUGUAUCGAAAGAGAAAGCAUCAGUACACCUACAUAGAAAGCUGCUACUGUCUUACCAUUCCUUCCAGCUUAGGAGCUAGGAGAACUAUAUUAAGAAUUUAUAGCUGAUGGCAGGUUGUGAAUGCAGCUUUUUCAGGGGGACGUUGUUCUUGGUUCAGAAGUUGGCCGAUGUGAAAUGGAACUGAGACACGUGACAAAGCAGGAUUGUAACUUCUAAACAAGAAAUUACAAAGGGAUGUUAUAUUAAUGUGUAUCAGAAUGAGAAAGGAAGAUCAGAUCAUGUACACGGGCGUUGAUUCUCAACGCUGCUCUGUCUUUCCUCCACUAAGAAAAUGUUGCCACACGUUUCAGGAUGGCUUAUUUUUUGUUCCCAUUAAGAUGCAUUUUCUUUGUUCUCUUUGAUGUAAGGUUUAUUUCUUCUCCAGAAAGGCAGGGAUUCAUCUUUCAGCAAGCCGGCACUUAUUUUUCUCCCCGAUGUUAGCUGCCAGGGGUAAGAGAGAGAGAACCAUUCUUUCUACCUUACAAAUUAUUCACUUGGCUGUUACCUUGGGUGGAAUUUUUAUUGGACAAACUAUGCAAUAUUGUGCAUGGUAGGAAGAACCUUAACAUGCAGAUCUCAGAGCAGAAUGGGCUAGACCAGGUGCAAAUUAUAGUGAAAUCUGCCUUUAAGCAACACGCACGAUCUAAUAAGUCUCUAAAUUGCAGUAGAAUAUUUCAGAGGCAACAUAGUCCAGUGGAUAAUAGGACUCAGAAAACCUGGGUUCUAGUCCCGGCUCUGCCACUGAUUCUCUGCAUAAGCUUUCCUCAGAGGUAUUGAAUACCUCCACAACCCCAAUUGAACUCAGCUGGCUUUGUGGAUGUUCAGUCCCACUAAAAAUUAGGGCCUUUUUAAAAAAAAAAAAAUCAAAAAAUCUCUGUGCCUCGGUUUCCCCAUCUGUAAAAUGGGGAUAAUAAUGCAUAUUCUUUGUGCAAAGCACUUUGAGAUCUACGAGAGGAGAAUGCUAUGAAAGAGAUAAGAAUUAUUAUUCCUUAUCGUUUUAAAGCCGUCAUUAAAGAUGGAGCGUUACUUUCUGGAGGUGACCUUGUGUUGCAAGAUUCAUAGUAUAUUUCAGGUUUCAGAGUAACAGCCGUGUUAGUCUGUAUUUGCAAAAAGAAAAGGAGUACUUGUGGCACCUUAGAGACUAACCAAUUUAUUUGAGCAUAAGCUUUCGUGAGCUACAGCUCACUUCAUCGGAUGCAUACUGUGGAAAAUACAGAGGAUGUUUGUUUUUAUACACACAAAUCAUGAAAAAAUGGGUGUUUAUCACUACAAAAGGUUUUCUCUCCCCCCACCCCACUCUCCUGCUGGUAAUAGCUUAUGUAAAGUGCUCACUCUCCUUACAAUGUGUAUGAUAAUCAAGGUGGGCCAUUUCCAGCACAAAUCCAGGUUUUCUCCCCCGCCCCCAAACAAACCCACUCUCCUGUUGGUAAUAGCUUAUCUAAAGUGAUCACUCUCCUUACAAUGUGUAUGUUAAUCAAGGUGGGCCAUUACCAGCAGGAGAGUGGGGUGGGGGGAGAGAAAACCUUUUGUAGUCAUAAAAACCCAUUUUUUCAUGAUUUGUGUGUAUAAAAACAAACAUCUUGUGUAUUUUCCACAGUAUGCAUCCGAUGAAGUGAGCUGUAGCUCACGAAAGCUUAUGCUCAAAUAAAUUGGUUAGUCUCUAAGGUGCCACAAGUACUCCAAGUAUAUUUCAGAUAGAGAGAGGUGAUUUCACAGACUUCCUGUAAAAUGUGAGCUAGUCCCAGAGACAGUCUGGACUCUUUAUUGGCCUGAAACAAAGAAAAGUGCAUCUUAACGAGGUCUUCGGAACGGGCUCCUUAAGGGGCAGGAGGAGAUUUGAUUUAAAGCCAAAGAUCGUUCAGCUAUUAGCAGAAAUGAUUGACUGUAGAUUUCAGCUGUUCUGUUGUUUUUGUGUUUACAAUAUUUAUUUUUAGUAAUUUACUGCCGUACAUAGGAUUCCUUAUUUUUGUACUUUUCAUACCGUUUUUCUUAGUAUGGUAUUGUACUUCCGGCUUCCCCAUGGCAUGAUGAUUAUUCCGACAAAUAAAAAUUGUUCCCCAAGGCACAA